AUGUCGCGAUGCGUUGUGGGAAAUGUAGUCUUAAAUGGUAGGACGUUCGCGCAGCCUUCUGGGAAACGAAUGAGCCACUUUCUCCUGCGCAGCCGCGUCCAGCUCCACCUUCCAGAAUCCGCCCUGGACAACCUGGGCGGAGGGUUCGCGCCCAAGAUCCGGCCAGACUCGAUGAUGUCACCACAUCCAGAAGCCAUCCCGGACGGCGUGGCCCUGAGUUCUGUGGACCAGCUGGCAACAGGUUGGCCUUCACAGUCGUGCACAUUCUUCUCUGAGCAGAAGGAAAUGAAUAUAUGUCAGGCUUCGGUGUCAUUCAAGGACGUGAGCGUGGAGUUCAGCCAGGACGAGUGGCAGCACAUGAGCCCUGCUCAGAGGACCCUGUACAGAGACGUGAUGUUGGAGAACUACAGCCACCUCGUCUCCCUGGGUUACUGUAUUUGGAAGCCAGAGAUGAUCUUCAGGUUGGAGCGAGUAGAUGAGGCUUGGCUCUCAGAGGAGGACUCCUUCAGCCAGAGCCAGCCGGAAGACUACAGUGAUGAUAAUGAUAGGAGCAAGAACAAGAAACUGAGACAUGACUACUGGCCGAAAGUGGACGCCAUCAAAACUACAUAUCAAAAACAGAGCAUCUUCAUAUAG